AUGGAGUCUUUCUCUGCUGAGACCAAUUCAACUGACCUACACUCACAGGCCUGGGAUGAACCCCACGCAAUUCUCUCCAUGGUCAUCCUCAGCGUCACUUUCCUACUGGGGUUGCCAGGCAAUGGGCUGGUACUGUGGGUGGCUGGCCUAAAGAUGCAACGGACAGUGAACACAGUUUGGUUUCUCCAUCUCACCCUGGCUGACUUCAUCUGCUGCCUCUCCCUGCCCUUCUCCCUGGUCCACUUGGUUCUCCAAGGACGCUGGCCCUAUGGCUGGUUCCUAUGCAAGCUCAUCCCCUCCAUCAUCGUCCUCAACAUGUUUGCCAGUGUCUUCUUGCUGACCGCCAUUAGCCUGGACCGCUGUCUGUUGGUACUCAGGCCAAUCUGGUGCCAGAAUCAUCGCAACGUGGGAACAGCCAGCACUAUCUGUGGUUGUAUCUGGGUGGUGGCUUUGGUAAUGUGCAUACCUGCGUUUGUAUAUCGGGAAACGUUCACUAUAGACAACCAGAGUAUGUGUGGCUACAAUUUUGGUCACCAUGGCUCAUUAGAUUAUUCAGACUUCACGCUUGAUCUACUGGAAAAUGGGUCUUUUGACAGCUCCAUUGCUGAUCCGCCUGGAGAAAUGGAUGACAGGUUAGAUUUCUUCUCUUUGCAAACCAAGGAUCGGCCUUGGGCAACCACCACUGGCCUCCACUCCAAAGAAUUUCAAAGAACUUCUAGAGACUCACUCCCUACGGAUCCAGCCAGAUUAUCUGUUCAACAACCACAUUAUGAUUUAUUUCAGUCUGCUGAUGGAGUCUCAGCUACACUCUCCAGUGACUUUCCCAUUGAAGAUCACCAAACUCACCCCUUGGAGAACUCGUAUUCUUUUUUCCCUGCUGAUUUAGGGUUUUUUUCUAACGCAUCUGAGCUAUCACAAGGUUUCCAGGAUGAUUAUUUCAGCCAAUUUGCAUAUGAUCAUCAAGUGCCAACACCCCAGGUAGCCAUAACCAUCAGUAGGCUAGUGGUGGGUUUCCUGUUGCCCUUUAUCAUCAUGGUGGCCUGUUACAGCCUCAUUAUCUUAAAAUUGCGUCGGAGCCGCUUCACCAAGUCUCGGAGCAAACUCUUGAGAGUGGCUCUGGUGGUGGUGGUUGUCUUCCUUGUCUGCUGGGCUCCGUACCACAUUGUUGGAGUCCUCUUAUUGUUUACUGACCCAGACACUCCCUUUGGGGAAUCUCUGUUGUCCUGGGACCAUGUGUCUCUUGUUCUAGCAUCUGCCAAUAGUUGCUUCAAUCCAUUCCUCUAUGCUCUCCUGGGAAAGGACUUUAGGAAAAAAGCAAGACAGUCCAUGCAGGGAAUUCUGGAGGCAGCUUUCAGUGAGGACGUGACACACUCUACCAGCUGCCCCCCAAACAAAACCUCUUUCGAAAGAAACAGUAUCAGUACAGUUGUAUGA